AUGACCCCACCAUAAAACCUAUACUGCUGGUGUUCCCAGAAAGCAGGCUGCAGUCUGCAUCAUCCUAUGCUAAGACAGACAACACCUGCAUCUGGAAAUUCCUUCUCUCAGAGGCUGCUGGUGGGAGCAAGAUCCUCAGCUCUGGCCUUCAAAAGCUCCUGUGAUCUCUGCACAAUUUCUGUAAAUAUAUUUCUGAGACAAGACCAGGCCUGAUAUCACACACAUAGCUCAUUGCCACAGCAGAGUCCAACACAGGUACUGUCACAAGGGCAUGACAGAAAAUCAGACAUGGGUCACAGAAUUCAGUCUCCUGGGAUUUCCGCUCAGCCUAAGGAUCCAGAUGCUCCUCUCUGGGCUUUUCUCCCUGUUCUACGUCUUCACUCUGCUGGGAAACGGGGCCAUCCUGGGGCUCAUCUGGCUGGACUCCAGACUGCACACCCCCAUGUACUUCUUUCUCUCACACCUGGCCAUCAUUGAUAUUUCGUAUGCUUCCAACAAUGUCCCCAAGAUGCUGACAGACCUUCUGAACGAGAGAAAAACAAUCUCCUUUGUCCCAUGCAUAAUGCAGACCUUUUUAUACACGGCUUUUGCUCACACCGAGUGUCUCAUCUUGGUAAUGAUGUCCUAUGAUCGGUACGUGGCUAUCUGCCACCCUCUGCAAUAUUCUGCCAUCAUGAGAUGGGGAGUGCGCACAGUCCUGGCUGUCACUUCCCGGACGUGUGGCUCCCUCCUGGCUCUGGUCCAUGUGGUUCUCAUCCUGAGGCUUCCCUUCUGUGGGCCCCAUGAAAUCAACCACUUCUUCUGUGAAAUCCUGGCUGUCCUCAGGCUGGCCUGUGCUGACACCUGGCUCAACCAGGUGGUCAUCUUUGCAGCCUGCGUGUUCAUCCUGGUGGGGCCGCUCUGCCUGGUGCUGGUCUCCUACUCACACAUCCUGGCGGCCAUCCUGAGGAUCCAGUCUGGGGAGGGCCGCAGAAAGGCCUUCUCCACCUGCUCCUCCCACCUCUGCGUGGUGGGACUCUUCUUUGGCAGCGCCAUUGUCAUGUACAUGGCCCCCAAGUCCCGCCAUCCUGAGGAGCAGCAGAAGGUCCUUUCCCUGUUUUACAGCCUUUUCAACCCGAUGCUGAACCCCCUGAUCUACAGCCUGAGGAACGCAGAGGUCAAGGGUGCCCUGAAAAGAGUGUUGUGGAAACAGAGAUCAAGGAGUAAGAAAAUACUGCAAAGGAAGAAAGCAUCAAGGGAAACUGAUAGCUUGAUGUAACAUCAUAGACCACUGCUUUGAACCAAGAAUGUGACAAGUCUUGACAAGGACUUUUAGGAAC